UAUAUACCAUAUAAAUACAUAAAUAUUUAAAUUCUGAAAUUUACUUUUUAUUUUGUUUUUGAUAAAAGCUUUUAACAAACAUUGACAACUUAAUUUGUAAAAAAAAUAUAAAUUACUAAAACUGUUAAUCCCACAAUAAACUUUUUGUUAUUAGUAAUUUAAAAUUUUUGUUAUAAAAGAUACAAAUGAUCAAAAAACCAUUGAAUAUAAAAAAAUUAUUUAAUAAACAUUAAUAUUAAAAAUAUACUAUGCAUGUUAAUAUCAUUUAAAUUUAAUUAUAUAUCCUAUCAAAUAAAAAUAAUUAUUGUUUGGAUUAAUAAAAUUAAUUUAUAUGUUUGCACCAAUUUAAUUAUUUGUAAUAAUUACUGACUUUUAGUUAUUGAAUAUAUAUUUAUUAUUUUAUAAUAUGUAAAAAUAUAUAAUACAUAAAAUAAUUUUUAUAUAUAAUGUUAAUCUCGCGCAAGACGCAGAUCUUAAUCUAGUACACUAUGAUUCUAGUAUCUCUAUUAAACGCUGCAAUGAAGGUUCAUCUGAACUAUCAAAAUGCCACUUAAAAUCACUGACCAUUAAAUGCCACACUUCCGACAAGUUUUAAAUUGUUACUCAUUGUACCAAAAGAAAAUGAAAAGCAUUAAGUUAUUACUUAAUUCGUUUCAAUUUAAUUAUCAUUGUAAAUUAUGUUUUUCCUUCAAAAUAAGUAUCGUUCUAUAUUUUUGAUGCAAAUUUAUUAACUUAAUAUUUGAACUUAUUUUAAUAUUGGUUAAAAUAUGGUUAUAUAUAUAUAGGUAAUAAUGUUUCUAUUUAGAAAUAUAUAAAAUUAAAUAUAUAUAUAUAUAUAUUUUUAGUAUGUGUGUACAAGUCUAAAACGACAACUAAAAUAAAACAGAGGGAGUAGUUACUAGCUACAGUUAAACCACAAUGCUAUUUUUUCUUGUCUAUAAAAACUAAAUUUAUCACCAACAAAAAAUACUUAGACAUGAUCUUUCUUAGAAAUAGAAGACAAAUUGGAAACUAUAUAUUGUUUAAAAAUUUAUUUGAAAUACCAUAAGUUAGCUAUCGCUUUUUAAAAAUAUUCAAUCAAAAAAUAUAAUUUAGAUUUAGAGUUUAGUGAUUAUCGUUUAGGGUUUAAUAUUUAAAGGGUGGGGUUGGAUUAUAGACUUUUAUAAAUGAUUAUUAAAUAUUUAUAAAUGAUUUAAAAUGUUACUUGAAUUUGCUUUCAUCACAAAUUUAUUGUAUUUAUGAAAAUGAUUAUUUUAAAGGUAAAUCUGAAAAAAUGAUAUCAAAUUUGUGGUAUAAUUAGAAUUAUCCGAUAUUGUUUUAUAAAUUACUCACGUUGAUAAAUCAUAUGCCAUGAUCUUAACUAAAAAUAUUUUAGUCGUUCUAGCGAAAUAAAUAAAAUUUUAAAUUGGAAGUGAAACUAAUUAGAUUAGACAGAACUAUGAUGAGGUAAUAAUGAAGCUGGUAAGAUUAGGAGAAUCUGGUUGGGUUUGACGAACAUGUUCGAAAAAUAUCAACGUUUCAACAACCAAAGCAAUGAAGUGCGUCCACUCUAUGAAAGCUUUUGGACCAAAAAGAAGAAGAAGAUUCUUAACCAAAAAAAAAGAUUCUUAACUCGAUAUACCUAUAUAAAAGUGUAGUAUCAUGAGUAUAUAAUUCCUAUGAUUAUAGAUGACAAAAAGUCCUAUGAUUAUAAAUAUAAAUAUACGAUCACUGGUCGUGCGCUAUUUACAUAUAAUUUAACCUGUUGUUUUUUUGCAAAAAGAAAAAAUAAAUAUGACUCCUUAUUUGCAAUUGAAUUAAUUAUUUAUAGUAUACCUAUCUGUCAAGCCACCUCUGCACAUUAUAGAUGCUACAUCUUGUUAAUUAUUACUUUUGAUGAAAUAGUUAUGUUGAAAAACUUCCAUUACGGAUAUCUUAAGAAGUAAAAACAAUGGUUUAGAGUAUCUCGAAAUAUAUAUUUGGUUUGGGCCAGGUUGACGAACCAAACCGCGUCAACAAUUGAAAUGAUGAAAACUAACAUGUCAACUAUUUAAGAUGAUACGCCAACAUGAACAGGGGCGAAGCCAGAGCUACCACUAUGGUGGCACAUGCCCCCGUAAUUUUAUGAAUAUUAAGUUUUUUGUAUGUAAAAGUACAAAGAAAUCAGCUAGAUAAGAUGGUUUAGUUGUCUUGUGCACCCCUUAAUGUCUCAAGUUUGAACCUUCCUUACUGCGUUAUUAAAUUUUGCACCCACAAGGAAAUUAUUCUGGAUUCGCCCCUAUUGACCGAUCAUGCUGCUGUGACGGACUUCGAACCGUCUAGACAAUGUUGAUCGGUUAUCUUGAUUUGUUAAUGGUGAUCGAUCUGCUCCACAGCUCAUUUGUUCUGGCCAGGUUAAAUUCUUGAUCUUGGAUCACUAAUUGGUUCAGAUAACCGAUCAAUAUAUCUUAAUUAUCCUCCAUAUUUGAUGCUUCUUUGUUUUCUCAUUGGUUCAAUCAUCGUGCCAACUGCCAGAUAUCAAGUGCAUUCUCUUUCCAUGUAUGAUCUGAAACUCAAAGAUGAUAGGGACUGUAAAAGACGUCUACUACAACACAAUAAAGACUCAACAUGAAAAAGAACUACUAGGAAAACAAAACUAUUCAAACUACAAAACAUAUACUAUAUAAUAAGGUACUUGCAACGUGUACGAUUACAGAGAAGAUUAGCAAAGCCUCUGCUCAAAGAUGACACACACAAAUUGAGAAAUAGUUCAAUUUUUCUAAACCCUUUAACAAAAAGGUACUUGCAAGGAAAAAUCAAUAUAUAUGUUUUAGGUCAGAAAUUUUUAUUAUAUUUAAUACAGUAAUCCCGGAAGAGCUCUGCUUGGGGGACGAUGAAGGAGAAAACCAAGUUGCCCAUAUGGCCCUAUAUGUGUAUUAUAAUAUAAUGAUGCAUGUAUAAUAACAUCAUUAUUAUCAAAAAAUCUUGAAGAUCUCUUGUUUAACCAAGAUAAGUAACAAUAACAACAACAACAACAAUAAUAAAAAUAAUAACAACAAUAAUAAUAGUUUACCAAAAAAAAAAAAAUAAUAGUAAUAAGAGUUGAAAUAAAUAAUUACAAAAUAUGUAAACGGGACAACAGACCUGCUUGAACCCAGGUAACCUGCCUUUGCAACUAUAUAGGUAGUACGUUUCCAAAUAAAAAGAAAAACUAUAUAGGUAGUAUUUUAUCACAGUACUAUUAAUUAUUGCAUUAAUACUCAUUUCUACUUGUUUGCUUUUGCUUAAACAUGAAGACAUGCAUGCUUUGCUCAGCCAUGACGGCCUUCAGUAGCCAAUCAUGUUGAUGAUAUUACUAUAAUCUUUUUAUUUAAUAAAAAGAAAACCUUAAUUGAAAACUUAAAUAUAUUUUGGUUAAUCUGUAGUACAAUUCGUUUCAAUCUUGUCGGCCUAUAAGAUGUUAUCCUAGUAAAAAGGUAUCCUAUAGGAUGGAUCAACAUGUAAGUUGGAGUUUGUUUAGUUCUUCUCUUGAAAUUGCGAUUAUCGGCAGUAGCGGAGCCUGCUCAACUUUUUACAGGGGUUAAAUGCAUAAUAAACAUAUGUUAUACAGGUCAAUAAAUUAAUUUUUCAGUAACUGUUCUGUAAAAUACAAGAAAGUUAUUAUUUUGAUAUUCAUAUGGAUUAUAUGACAAUCCCCACCAAGCGGUAGCUCCGCCACUGAAUAUCGGUGCCGGAUUCACGAAAUUGAAGUCUAAGUAUUCUCUUCCAUUAUUCUCUGUGUUUUUAGGCUUUGUCCGUAAUGCGUUGUUUAGUGUUCAUUUGUUUUUUUUAUCUGUUUGGUUUUGGGAGAAAUAUGUUCUUUACCGGUUUAUGGAUUUGGAAGAAUUUCAAUCCUUGUCGGCUUUUGGUUCUGAAAAGACUAUUAUGAUCAUUGCUGGUUUAAGUUAAGUUAAGAUCAACCUAAAAUUACAGCGACCAGAGUUGUAAAAUUUAAUAAUAAAAUAAGAUUUAUAAUUAAACCGUGACCAAAACUCUCUUGUAUACCAUUUAUUUUAAUCUUAAAUUUCUAUGAUUACGGCCUGAAGAGUAACAAAUAUUCCAUGUGCGCUGCCAAGCAAUCAGAGAGUAUUAAAGCCAGAUAAAAAUAAAAAGAUGUGAAAAAGAAUAUAUACUAUAAAGCGAAUUAUUAAGGGAUCAAACAACUGGAGAUUAAGUAGUUAAUGUGACAGAUAAUUAAGAUCAAAGGACUACAGUUCGAAUCUGAUCAAAGGGAAAGCGAACAGGGAACAUGCCGCGUAGUCAUCAUGCAGGUAUGUGGGCUCCAACAAAGCAUGUACCACAAAUGUUUUUAAACUACAAAAUUAAAGAGACAUCUACGCAUAAAAAAUAUGAUUAUUAUUAUUAUUAUUAUUAUUAACAUAUAUCUAUAUUAUUAUGAUUUUGUUUUUGUUUACUUGUUCUUCAUAAUUUUUGGUUAUUUUACUUAUUUAUCAUGUUAUUUUACUUAUUUGUCAUGUUUAUUAUUUUUAGAAGUUUAUUUGUCAUAUAUUCCAUGAUGUUAGAUUGAGUCAUUAGUUUUAAUAAAUAAAACUUUGAAUUGUUAGUUUUUAUAUUCUCCAAAAUUUUAUGUUAUUUUUCUAUUUGCCAUGUUAUUUACAUAUUUUCAUAUUUUAUUAAUUCUUAGAAACUUAUUUGUCACAUUCCAUGAUUUUAGGUUAAAUCAUUAGUUUUAAUAAAUAAAAUUUUAAUUUUUAGUUUUAAAAUAAUUAGUGAUUAUUUAAUAAAUAUUGUAUUUAUAUUCAUGAUAAUUAUUACCUAAGUUUCAUUGUAAUAAAAAGACAAAUUAUAUUUUCUGAUUAAUUUUUGAAAUUAAUUAAAUAACUUAAAAUGAAAUAAAAAUAUGUUAAAAUUAGAAUUGUUUGGAUAUAUUUUAAUUCACACAAGGUACAGACUAUCAUCUAGUUAUUAUUAUUUUGAACGCAACUGAUUAUUAAUUGAUUGAAAGUAAAAUCAGAAGACGAGGCUGAUAGAAAAUAAACAAUCAGAAGACAAAUGUAAUUAUUUGAUGAUUUGUAUCUCCCCCUCAGUAAUCCUGGUGUAAAGAAAUAAGAAAAAAAAGUCGAUUUCAACCAAAAAAAAGUCGAGUGCAGAUGAAUACGACUAAAGUUAAGAACAAUAUGUUGACAACAAAAAUAGUUAAGAACAAUACAUAUAUCAUCAUUAUCCUUUUUUUUUUUGUAUAGCAUACAACUUUGUUGUAUUUGGUUAUAGAUAAUCUUUACAUAUAUUACAACAACUUCAAAUUUCAGUUAAUAUAAAACAUUUUUUUUUUUAAAACCAAUUCAAAAACAGAAUCUUUAUAGUUUCAGGUUAAAAUAUAUUAAAAUGAUUCGAAAUAUAUUAUUUAAUAUUUAAUUAUUUAUAAUAUAUAUACAUAUAUAUAUAAGUUUAAUUAACCGAUAAGAAAUGAAUAGAAAUGUGAAAAAAAAUAUUUUUAAAUUUGUAACAGUGAUCUUUCAAAAAUCCUAGUUAAAACUAUUUAUUUGAAACAUCUAACCUAUACUAAAAGGAGAAUAUCUAAAGCUCUAAGAGUGUCCACGUAUGCAAAUUAAUUCCAGCCAAUCAAAUCGUUUUAAGAUGCCAUAUCAGCUUUAACACAACCUAACCUAAAGGCUUUCUUCCUUUUUCGUGGCCUUUCCGAUUACUCCAGCCAACUUCACCGUUCAGAGUUUCGCUUACAUCUUCUCCAAUUAAUUUUACACAUUAUUGCCCUUUUCAUAACAGUCGCAUCCUUUCUCCACUUCCCUCUAUCACUCAUAUAAAGAUGGAUGCAGAGUGAAAGCAUUCCACUCAGAUUCUGUGUCAAAAGCAGGUUAGUUCAAAAACUUAAUUAUGGGUUCUAAAGUUAUUAUAACCGAUUUAUUCUGAUUGAGUUUCAUUGUCGUCAUUGCAAAGAGGGGGAUUUUAUUAAAUGGUGAGUUCUUCUGGAUGCUUUCACAUCGCACUUUCCUCCUGUCUCGAUCUUUAUAUGAAAUAAAAUUAUUUCUUUGCAGCCCCAGAUUGUUCUACAACAGAGGAUUUCUACGCCACCAUAGGUAAUCUUGGUUUGGUGAUUUUAAUCCCAACAGCUUUGGUUUAGAUUUGAUAAUCCAUACAUUCACCAAGUCUUUUCAUUGUAGAUUGAUAGUUGUUGUUCAAAUUAGUUGUUGCUUUCAAUUGUUGCCUCAAGAUCUCUGAUCAAGGGCAUCUCUUACCUUUGAUUUCAGAAUGCUUUCCGCAAAUAAAACUCAUCAAGAUCUCUGUUCUGUAUAUUUCAGGUCAUGGGUUUACUGGAAUAGUUAGUUGUCUACACAACAUCCCAGACUAAGAGAUCAGAAAAGAAGGGUUGGUGAAGAAGCUUCAAGUGAAACACGAGAAGAUUCUGAAUCUGAGCGAGUGGAUGAAGGGUAAAAGACACCACCAUCUUUGCAUUCUUCCAUAUAAUUCCGCCGCCUCCUGAUCCUUCUGACGAGGAAGCUGUUGUUGCGUACAAUACUUUGCUCAAUUGGUACGGUUUGAGCAAUGGAGAAUCUGGUUCUGUGUUGGGCAAAUGGAAAGAUAAGGGGGGAUCAGAAGGUGGGGUUGUGGGUAAGAGGAGGAAGAAGCUACGAGUUAGCUUUAGGGAUCAGUUAGGAGGAGAGCUUGCUGAGAUUGUUGGGAUGUCUGAUGGAGCAGACGUGGAGACAGAGCCUGGUCUGAUUGGUGUCAAAGAAGGGAGCUUGCUUUCCUGAGUGUCAUCUUUCUUCUUAUAUUUAUAUAUGCAUCCCACCGUAGUCAAGACAGCAUAUGUAUUUUCAUAUCUCUGACUUUCUUACACGCUUUUAAUUUUGUACAUUCAUAGAUUAACAAAUAAAAUUUACUUUUUAGCAGGAGAGGUAUUCUAAAAGCUAGCUGUGGUAAAUGUGGCUCAUAAGAAGUUUUCGCUAAAGAACUCUCACAGUUGGCAAGUGGUUGACUUCCUCAUAUGCCCAUGAGCUGGCGGCACUGAGCAAUACAGAGGCUGCAUCACAGCACAUGUUCCAUGGCAGGUGCUUCAACACUCCAUGUUCUACAAGUUCUAAGCUCACUAACUUCUGUUAGUGAUGAUAGAAAUAUUUGGAACCGAAUAGAAAGCAGAACACGAGGAACAAAACACUGUGAAAAGACUAAAUGCGGUGUUAGACCCCGUGGCAAGAACAUAGCCAGUGUAUCACAUGACUGAGUUGUAGCUGGAUCAUAUUGCAGCUACAACAACCCAUAUCCAAUGGUGAUCAUGCCGUUGGGGUCUCUCCUUUGUCCCCUCUUUCUCCAGGAACUCAGAGGUUCCUUCCUUUUAUUGUGCUUAUCUUUGUUCUAUGUCAGAAAAUUCAAACUCUGUUAAUGUUACAGCAGGAUCAUGCGAAUGUGAUAGAUGGAGAGUCCGCCAUAGUUCAUCUUCUAAAUCCAGCGUAGCUUCUAUGGAAAAUCGAAGGCUCCUGACAUUUGCAAAGUUUGCGGGGAAGCAUAGGCAAAUUCUGAAUUCAUUUGAUAGGCAAAAUCCAAGAUUACUAGAGAACCUUUCUGAAUCUAAGGCACCAGGUUGAAGGAUUUUGAAAACAAGAGAGGUAAAGGUCCCUGCAUAUAAGUGUUUGCUGAGCUUAUGUAUUGGAAGAUUCAUACAACCAGUUACGUAUGCGCUCCCCACAUGAUCUAAAAGGACGUAUGAAUGUGCAGUUUCAAGUUGAAGAAUGUUGCUUGUGGUCUUUCAAGAUAAUGGUAUAAGUUAGUUUCACAAUUAUAUUUGACAUACGUAAAGAGUUUUAUUCAAAUUGUUUCAAAUCAAAUAUAAUUUAAAAUAUGUUUCCAUUUCUUGACCGAGAACUUAAAAAAUAUAUUUGAUGAACGUAUGUAACUAUUUCUGGAACUAUAAAUUAAUAAAUAAUUUUCUGAUAUUGUAUCUUUGUCGUACCUGAAUAACAUAUGAUAAACAACAUUGAUGUGCGUACUGCUAUUAGAUUACAAUCAUGAAUCAUAUUUGUUCUCCGGAAUAUCAAAUUGUUUAAUUAAAAUAGAAUAUGCUCAAGUGCUGGCUAAAAUAGCUUUUACAUGCCAAAUACGAAUUCAGUUAUAUAUAAUUUUAAUAUUUUGAAACUUGACUGAUAAGCAUUUGAAAACUAUCAAAUGAGUUUUUCAUUCUUUUUCUCAUUUUCAUUUCGUUUUUUUUUUAUUAUUGAGAUACUUUGAUUUUUUAUUAGCAUUGAAAUAUUUUAUGAGAUGUUUACUAAGCUCAUCUUCAAUGGUUCACUCUAUUUUUUCCAUCAAAACAGAGUUGUUCUAUAAUAAAAUUGAAUACUACUCCAAUAAUACUAAGUUUUAGAGUGAAAAAUAAAUUGAUGAAUAAAAAAUAAAUGAAUUAUUUUAUUUAUAGAGUACACCUUUUUAUUUUAUUAUAGAAUAAAAAUUAGAGUAUAAUUGGAGUAUUUUUACUCUAAACUCUAUUUUAAAUAGAAAAUAGAGUGUGCUUAGAGAUGCUCCAAUGUAAAUGUCCUUACUUCUCUCCGAAAUAAAAUUAAAAUUAUUUGUCUGGGGAAAAUGGCUAAAUCAGAAAAAACAAAAAACAACUCAUGUUCCUAUUUUUUAAGAAACUGUUUGAUGUUUGUUAUUGUCUAUAUAAAUGGUGAAAUAUUAUGAGUACUGUACAGUCAGCAGGUGAUCUAAUUAAUGAAUAAAACAGUAAAAUCCUCAAAAUAAACACAAUCAAACAAAUGUGAUUAACUACUAUGCUUAUGUUUAGUUGCUUUCAAUCACGUUGGGUUUGAAAAAAUCAUAAUAAUGGAGAUAGUAAAAGUUCUAUGCAAUGAUUUUAAUUCCGAAUCAAACAUUGAACUGGACUAUUAUUUGGAUUACGGGAUCAACGAUUCGACCGGAUGCGUCAAUAGUGUAAUUACUUUUACCAUAUAAUUAUACAUAACUAUGAAAAAUAUAGUAAAAUAUUUAAAAUUUAUCUUUAUUCACAUACUAAAUAUCAAAAGAAAAAUUAAAAACUAUGGAAAUGUCUUUGUAACAAGUUGGGAAUUAGAACAUAUAAUAAAAAUAUAACAAAAUCAAUAUUAAAAAUAUUUAAAUUUAUAAUGUGAAUACAAAAAAAAAUUAAUAAAAAGUGAUCUAGAAGCAAAUAUGAAAAUUGUAAUACUGUAUAUAACAAAAAGUUAAUAACAAAUCACAUUGUUUAGUUUUGGUUAUAUUCAUCUUUAUUCACUUCAUUUUUAGAUGCAUAGUGAAAUUUUCAUCAAAAUUUACAGAAUCACAAAUCAAAUAAAUUAGGGAAUAGUAUACAUGAUUAAAAUAAAAUAUAAAAAUCAGUUAAUUUAAAAAAAAAACUAAAAAAGUCACUCAUCGGUUUAACACGUAGUCGAAUCUUAGGUUUUAGCGAAUUUCUGCAUGUUUUAGCGGGUUUUUUUUACAACAAUAAACUAAACUAUAAAACUUGCUCUAUCGGUUCAGAAAACCAAACUGGAAAAAAUCCCAAGCCAAAUUACAUAUCAUCACCGUAUUUACCGGUUCGAUCGUGAAUCCGAAUUGGGUUAUAAUAACAUAUAGUGUGUUUGUAAAGCAAUAAUAAAAAGGUUUUUUUUUUACCAUUUGUAUUAACAUUAAAAAUUGUCUCAAUUCUGUAUAAAACAUUUUUUCUCCACAUUUAGCUAACUUUUUUGUUUACCAAAUUAUCUUUUUAAUUUAAUGUUUCAUUACCUUUCACGUCACUAGAGAUGUCCUUCAUGUGUGUUGAUAUUUCAAAGUUAAAUAUAGUUAAAACUGUUUUAGGCCAAUAACAAAGAGACCAUUAAUACUAUCUACAUACAAAGAAAUUUUUUUAAAAAUUAAAAUAUUUAUUAGAAUAAUCCGCGCGAAGCGCGGACAAAAGCUCUAGUUAGUGUAAAACAUCAAAACAAAACUAACUACAGUACAUAAGUAAUAAAAUAAACGUGUUGUUUUAUUGUGAAUAAGUGAUAUUAUUUUUCGUUCAAAAGAAUAUAGUUUUAUAUUUUCAGUGUGAUUUUACAUAUAUAAUCUUUAUUUUAUCCUUUUAAAUAAUCAAUAAUUUUACUUAAUUUAUUAUUAUUUAAUUAAUCAUAUAUUAAAUUAUAACAUAUUAAUAUAUUUUUAAUAUAACAAAAUAUAUGUGUUUUCAAAUACUCUUUUAUAGGUAUCUCACCAAAAUUUGAAAGAAAUAAUUAUAAGAAAAAUGAAUGAGUACCUCAAAUAUUGAGAAUUCUAACCAAAAAUAUUUUAUUGAAGUAUAUUUAUGAACAUUUGAGUACUUAUUUAUCUUUAUAUUAUUACUUUUUUGUGUAAAGUACUUACAUUAGAAAAACUUUCAAUGAAGUUGCUAUGAGGAAAUAUAUUACUUCCUCCCUUCUAGCUAGUAAUUUAUGUUUUUGUUAAUUAGGAGGUGUUUAAGUUUUCGGCUCAAAUAACUUUUAGAUUGAAAAUAUGUUUUUUUUUUAAAUGCUGAGACAUUGUAUAAACUCUCCUCUUAUCGAGUUUCAACCAAUGCUUAUGCUUAAACCACCUGACCUAGCGUGUCCGAUUGUAAUCUGUUUUCGAAUCUGAAUGAUUCGGUAACUAAUUUAUUACCCCAAACACGUAAAAUAAACGUGCUGUCAAAUAUAUUACUAUUAUUAUUACUACAAAAUAUGCCCGUGUGGGUUAAUAGAUUAAUUAACGAUUAAUUAACGGUACGAAAAAGACAGAGAAGUUAAAUAAAGGCAAAUCAAAAUCAAACGGUCACACACAAAGAUUCGUGUCUCUCUCUCAAAAACUCUUUUCCCUUCUUCGGACAAAUCCAUCUUCUUCCUUACUGUCUCUUUCUUUUUUGUAACUUAGGCUUACUGUCUCUUUCUUCGCAUAGUUCAAUAAAAAAACCUUUGAUCCUUCCUUCACAUAAAUAAUUAAAUAAAUAAAUAUAAUUGUACUUUUUCUCUUUUUCUCUCUGUUCUGGUCUCUUCACCAAUCACCAUAGAAAUACUUCACAUGGUCUUUAUGUCUACCAUCGCUGCUUCUUCUUCGGAGUGUGUUUGUUCCAGUUUCGAAGGAACCUAGUCAAGACGAACCAACCCACGAUCUAAAAAUGAGAUCUUUCACUUUCCACUGCUUAUUCAACUUCUCUGUGUGCUUUUAAAAACUUGUUCUUUUGAUGGUUUUGUGGUUUGACUACGUAAGCUGUUUGUUGAAAUGCCUAAGAGAGAGAAAGAGAGGAGAGGACUAGAUUCAAUGGGUUUUGGAUUGAGUUUGUUUUUUAGCUCUUUUGAUUUAUUUCUAAACUCAUUUUCUGGAACUCUGUGAUUGCCUAUUUUAUAAAAUUCUUUUCUUUAUUAUUUUAUUUCUAAAUUUGUGUUGUGUGUAUAUAAAAGCCAUUGCAGGUUUGAUUGGUUGGAAGCAAAACUGGCAGGUGAGGAUUGAACAAACGUUCAAGGAGAAAACUUGAUGGAUUACUUGUCUGAAGAGGAAGAUUUGCAGUUCUUUGAUGCCAAGGAAGAAGAGAUGAUGAUGGCAUCGAAUCCAAGUGGUUUUGAUGUAUGGAGUGAUUCACCUGGAAGUGUUGUGGAGCGGCGGAGGAAGUUCUUGCAGUGGAUGGGAGUCCAAGAAGAUCUUUCUCAACCUAUCAAGUUUGAGUCUGAUGGAGCUUCAGAGAAUUGUGUUGAAGCUGAGCAGAGUUCUGGAGGAUUCAGCUCUUCUUCUAGUCAGGUCUCUUCCUCUGAGGAAUUAUCUCUGAGAGUGGACAAAAGUUUUGGUGGAUGCGAUGUAACGAGAAGGGAAAGCUCUUCAAUGGCAUCAUCUUCUGGUUCCAGGUGUUGCCCAUUGAAGGAAACAGAGAAGCAGCGGAAUAUCAAGAAGGGAUGGUUCACCAGGCUGCGCUCUUUUGGAUGUUCCGCGGAUUAUACAAAGAUCAGAGCUUCUUCUUCAUCUAACUAUGGCGAUGUGAUCUCAAGAGUUAAGGUCAAGCAUUGUAAGAAACAGACCAAAGAGCUUUCAGCUCUUUAUCAGAGCCAAGACAUUAAAGCUCACAACGGUUACAUCUCGGCUAUGAAAUUUAGCAGCGAUGGGAAGUAUCUCGCAAGCUCUGGUGAAGAUGGGAUUGUGCGCGUUUGGAAAGUCAUUGAGGAUAAGAGAUCUAGACCACCAAGGGAUUGCCUUAACCCUUCUUGUAUCUACUUCGAGGUAAACGAUCAUUCCCAGUUGAAACCUGUUUUGUUAGAUGAAGAGAAACCAAACAAGACGACAGAAAGCUUCAAGAAAACAUCAGAUUCAGCCUGUGUCGUCUUCCCUCCUAAAGCUUUCCGGAUAAUGGAGAAGCCUUUACAUGAGUUCCGCGGCCACACUGGUGAAGUCUUGGACAUCUCAUGGUCAAUGGAUAACUGUCUUCUCUCAGCGUCAAUGGAUAAAACUGUUCGUCUAUGGCAAGUUGGUAGCAACGAUUGUCUUGGAGUUUUCACUCACAAUAGUUAUGUGACGUCUGUUCAGUUCAACCCGGUUAAUGAGAACUACUUCAUGAGUGGUUCAGUUGAUGGGAAAGUUCGAAUAUGGGACAUUUCUGGUUGCAGUGUUGUUGAUUGGGUUGAUCUCAAAGACAUUAUAUCCGCAGUGUGUUAUCGUCCGGAUGGAAAGGGAGGAAUCAUUGGUUCUCUGAGUGGAAGCUGCAGAUUCUUUAACAUGUCUGGAGACUAUUUAGAAUUGGACUCUCAGAUACAUUUGCUUAGCAAAAAGAAGUCUUCUAAUAAACGUAUAACUGGUUUUCAGUUUUUACCACAAGAUCAGAGCAAAGUCCUGGUUGUUUCUGCAGAUUCCAAAGUCAGAAUUCUCCAAGGCAACGAUGUUGUCAGAAAAUACAAAGGUGUUUGCAAGACGAGAAGCCUCACAUCAGCGUCUCUUACGUCUGAUGGAAAGCACAUUGUGUCAGCUUGUGAGGACUCCAAUGUAUAUAUAUGGAGCAAUGGAGAUGAAUCAGAUUCUUCUUCUUCUUCUCAAACCAAAAAGAUUCGAUCCUUUGAACGUUUCUCCACCAAUGCAUCAGUUGCAGCAACCUGGUGUGGAUUCUCAGACCACAACGCAACUCUCCCGUUUUCUUCACCCUCUUGCUUAUCUAUCAAUGAAGGAUUUGUCCCUGGAUCAAUCCCCAAAGGAAGCGCGACGUGGCCAGAGGAAAACUUACCUGCAAAUCCUCUUUCCUCGUCCACAAUGAGUGCAUCUCACUACAAGUUUCUCAAGUCCUCGUACCAGAGAGCAACGAAUAGCUCUCUAGCUUGGGGUAUGGUCAUUGUCACAGGUGGUUGGGACGGACGGAUCAGAACAUUUCAGAACUACGGCUUGCCUGUGAAUACAGCUUGAGAAAACAAAACCAGAUGCCAUUGUUCCUUAUGCACAUGGUUCUGGCAGGUUUUUGGGGGCUAUGGUAGGUCCGAAAGAAACCUAGAUCCACUUUCUCAGACUUAUGCUGUUGCUCAAUAGUAAAGAAAGAGAUUCAAAAGCAAGUCCCUCCAGAUUAUGAUCCUGUAGAAGAUCUUUCAAGAAGGGGUCAGUGGGAGAUUUUUCCAUCGGUUGAUAUAGACACAUGAGAUGACAAGGAACAUAUGUUUCUUUUUCUUUGGCAGUAAGUGGCGGUUGGAGAUGGUUUCAAAGAGUACGGUUCUGUCACACGAUUGUGGGGUCCAAAGUAAUCAUGGUAAAGGAGUGGUUGAAGGUGAAAGAUGUUGAUGUUACUUCCACAGAAAAUAUCCUCCUCCAUGGAAGAGAUAUCUCCUUGAUAUCCUUUUGAUAUGAAACUUCUAACUGUAGUUAAGGUUUUGUUUGUUACCCAUUUGUUGAUUCAGUGUAUUUAAUUCUUGUGAGUAGUUGAGUUUAUUUUAGCUUAUUACAGAUUUGAUUAGAGAAGAAUUAAUUGAUUGUUAGCUCCCUCCACCUCGAGAGGCUCAGGUUUUUAUAUUUGUAAAUGAUUGUAUACACACAACUUCUUUAAAAAGUUAAUAUGAUUUCAACUUUUACCGAUUCAGAUAUUUUCCAAAAUGUUCACUACCUAGAUAUAUGGUCUUAGUAAUAUAAAUAAUUGAAGAAUUAUAUAAGUAUACAAACUAAAAUAAUUUACAGAAUUAUACGUCUACUGUAAUUUUGAUAAUCAAAGCUCAGUUGAUUUAUUUGCAUUAAAAAUUGUGAUGUUGUAUAGUUACAUAACAGUAAAGGCUUGAAUAGUAUGUAAACAAUGUGAAAGUUUGGAAGAGGAGUCCACAACUCCAAGUCAGUUGGAAAAUCACCAUCUUAUGGACCCUUCAAACUGUAAGUAUAA